CACCUCGGACUUUUUCUUUUCUGUUCUUUUCUCUUUUUUUACCCCCAGAGGUUGAUCUGUUAAUCCUGUAUGUAAAUGACAGCCAAUGGAGUGUGUUGUUGCGUUGGGAUGGGAUUAGCAGGAGGCGAAUGAGUUUCAAUUUUACUGGAUUACAGAACAAAGAAGGGGAAAGGGACACCCUAGCGCUGUUAAGGGAGGAAAGAAGACAAAAAUAAAACGAUUAAUAAUUUUUUAAAAAUACAACACGGUGAUGAUCGGGAUUAUGUCGUUUGCAACACAUCAUCGUGCGUGCGGGAGUCGUUUGUGAUGGAUUAAAGAAAACAACAUAUUCCCGGAUUGACAGCAACAAGGCUAUUUAAUCGCCAAUCACGAGGCAUGGCUCAGAUGAGGAAGCUGCCAUGUGAAGGUGCCAGGACAAUCUCCCGAUGUGAGCCCCAGGCUUCUCUGGUGUCAGCCAGGCAAGAGAUCCUCACUAGCCUGGUGUCUGCCCUCGACUCUGUGUGCAUGGCCAUGUCCAAGCUCAACGCAGAGGUGGCGUGCGUCACCGUGCACGAAGAUAGUGUGAUUGCUGUUGGCACGGAGAAGGGCAGAAUUUUCCUGAACUCCAGGAGGGAGAUCCAGACAGACUUCUACAAGUUUUGCCGGGCACCAUGCCUGACAAACGUGAUCACGGCUGCCAACACCCAUACCAAAGACCAGGAAGUCGAUCUGAGCAAGGCUAGCAAGGACGCAGAGCACGGGAAAGCCAGACCACCUCCAGAUGCCCCGUCCAACAUCUUUGUUCUGAGGAAGAUGGUGGAGGAAGUUUUCACCGUGCUCUACAGUGAAGCUGUGGGAAAGAACUCCCUGGUUCCCGUGCCUUAUGAGUGGAUCCAAAAGGAACCCAGCUGCCUUGUGGCUCAUGGUCUACCGGAGGGAGUUGCCCUGAAAAAACCCUCUGAGUAUGACACCAAGACUUUGAUGAAGAUUCUGGAGCAAAGCCACCGCAUUCACUUCACCGUCAAAAGGUCAGCGGAAGACAUGUCUCGAGAAACCAAGUCCACAAACACAGAAAGUAACCACAACUCUUCCAGCGGCAACAUGACGACGGUGAAGACUACUGGCCAGGUAGUCACACCAUCAAGUCCUGCCACUUCCACCAACUCUGUUCUCUCAAACUUCCUGUACGGCAUGCCCAUGUCCUCCAAACCCCACCCAGAUGACAAGCUGGACUUCAAGCCCACGUCCCUCCUUAACCUGGGCAAGGACCGUCUGGCCAACUUGAUAGACAAGAAUACAUGUGGGAAGGAUACUGCUAGUAAUGAUGACUCAACAAGACUACCUGGUGAACAGGGUCAGACCUCUGCUAGUGUCCAUAUAUCCAAGAGGCUACUCUUCUCCAUAGUACACGAAAAAGCAGAAAAAUGGGACUCUUUCAUCCGGGAAACGGAAGACAUUAACACGCUGAGGGAAUGUGUCCAGAUCUUGUUCAACAGCAGAUACGCUGAGGCCCUGGGUCUCGAUCACAUGGUGCCUGUCCCGUACCGCAAGAUAGCCUGCGACCCAGGCGCCGUGGAAAUCAUCGGCAUCCCCGACCAGAUCCCUUUCAAAAGACCAUGCACUUAUGGCGUACCCAAGCUGAAGCGCAUCCUAGAUGAACGUCACGGAAUCCGCUUUGUAGUGAAACGGAUGUUUGAUGAAAGGAUUUUCACAGCUGCGGGCAAAAUGGCAAGGGAGGAUGGCAAGCACGACCUGGGUUCUGUACAAGAAGACGGUUUCCCUGAGAAUCUGAGCCUCCCGUCUGCCGCCACCACUACAACCUCAGCUGCCACAACAGAGCUGAUCAGCAAUCCUCACAGCUGCCGGUCAACGAGUGCAUGCGUGAGUCCCCUGGCAGACUGUGAAGCAGGUCCUUCUGGAGAUUGCAUUCCUCUGAAGAGGAUUAAAACAGAGCCUCCAGAUGGGGAGAUCAUUCAAGUGACCGUGCCAACAGAUACUGGUACAAGUGGGGAGGAGCCUAGCGAGCCUGUAUCCUCACCCUCCAGGGUCUCCUGUCCAUCCACAGCCUCGCCAUCUGCUGUCCCCCAUCACCUGGCAGAGAACCACGCAGCUGAAGCUCUGUCUCUGAAUGCUGGCCCCCUGAGUGUCAGGAGACCAACUGAAGCUGGUAGCCUGGUGGAGGACAUUGGUGAAAUGAUUCUUCAGCUGCGCAGACAAGUGGAAAGCUUGUUCAGCAUCAAGUAUGCUGAAGCUUUGGGCCUCCCUGAAGCAGCCAAGGUGCCCUACUCCAAGUUCCAGAUGUACCCUGAGGAUCUGUUUGUCACUGGGCUGCCCGAGGGGAUCUCCUUGCGACGGCCCAACUGUUUUGGGGCGGCCAAGUUGCGCAAGAUCCUGGCCGCCGGUAGUCACAUCCAGUUUGUCAUCAAAAAACCCAAGCUGCUGAGCGAGCAAGUCAAACAAGAGAUGCCUUCUGUCGCUGUCGGUGACUCCAAAGGUUCAGAGCUGGACACAGUCAAGGAUGCAACGCCGCUGAUAGAGGAUGCUACAGCUUUGUCCAAAAGACCUGCUUUCUCAGAGUGCCUGGAGUCCAAGCUGUCCAGGAUCGACUUGGCCAAUACGCUGCGGGAGCAAGUCCAGGACCUGUUCAAUAGGAAGUACGGCGAGGCGCUGGGUAUCAAGUACCCGGUGCAAGUGCCUUACAAGAGGAUCAAGAACAACCCGGACUCUGUCAUCAUCGAAGGUCUCCCACCCGGGAUCCCCUUCAGGAAGCCCUGCACCUUCGGCUCCCAGAACCUGGAGCGCAUCCUGGCAGUCGCCGACAAGAUUAACUUUACCAUCACCAGACCUUUUCAAGGCCUCAUUCCAAAACCUGCACCUCGCAGAGUCACUUUACUCAAGAAGGCAUACGCUUCUAUCAGUGAUGAUGAUGACAUCAACCGAGUUGGAGAGAAGGUGGUCCUCAGAGAGCAGGUCAAGGAACUGUUCAACAAGAAAUACGGUGAGGCUCUUGGCCUGGACCGUUCCGUGGUGGUGCCAUACAAGCUCAUCCGUGGCAGUCCUGAGUCCGUGGAAGUGGAUGGUCUCCCGGACGACGUCCCCUUCCGGAACCCCAACACCUACGAUGUUGUGUGCCUGGAGAAGAUCCUCCAGGCCGCCGAGAGGAUCACGUUCAGCGUCAAGACGCAGCUACACUCUUUUGCAGAACGGUGUGGCCAGACUUGCAACACGGCAGCAGCCGCAGCCGCAGCCGACACCUCCACUAGUCGACGGAAGCGCAAGCGAGUCCAGGAGACCCAUCGCGUGCCGGCCUCCUCUGAGCUGGCCCCGUCGGCCAAUCAGAUUCCAUUGAUGCAGUGGCCCAUGUACAUGGUGGACUACAGCGGCGUCAACAUGCAAGUUCCUGGCAAAGUCAACUACUGAACUUCACAGACGAAUGUUGGGCCCAAGAGAUGGACUCCUGUCACUGCGUUGAGAACAAUCUCCAGGUGGACAAUUGGUGGAGAAGGUUUGUUACAAGGCGGCCGAUUGCAUUGCGGAUGGUAAUAAUUUUUGUUGUUGUUUUUUCUAACUUAGCUGAAGCGUUAACAAAAUAUGCCCCACAAAAUGUAUUACUGAAACAAUUACCAUCCAUCAUACUCAAAUGUUUGUACUUUUUAUUUAUUAUAUUUAUUGAAGUAUGACAUUAUGUGCAGGGAUGUAAAAAAAAAAAAAAGUGUGGGAAAGUGAUCAUAACACUCACACCUUUUGAUGCUUGUUGCUAGGGGACGCCUGUGAGUCACACAUACAGUGGAAAUAGAAAGUAAGUGAUUUUUAGAUUUGGAGCGCCCCUGCAAGAAACAGUAAGUCAAUAAUAUUGCAAUAUGAUUGGUUUUGCUUAACAUUUGUCACUCAACACAAAUUAGAAUUUUGGGUGCCUAACCAGAUAAAUUGUGUAUUGCCAUAGUACAUAAGCUAAUGGUAAAGAACACAAUAUAUUCAUUAGGGCCAUUUUGACUCCCAACCUUUAUUAAGGUUUAUUUAUUUUAAAAAAAUGUCCUCCUUUUUCUUUGGAAAUUUACUGUAUAUAGACAGGUUAUGUGUCACUUCAUUUGUGAAUACAUAUUUUAGUAUUAACUACAGUUUUUUUCUGUUGUCAAUGUGUACAUCAUAAAACAAUGUGAAAUGCGGUCGCUCCCAGGACCGACUUAAAUUACUGUACACAAACAAAAGAUCACAAAAGAUCCCUUAAGAUAUUUUUUCCUUACAGUGCAUUCCUACAGGUUAUAUAGGUCACUUCGUUUUUAGAAAGGUGUUUUACUUGCUCCUUUUUUACAGAAGGAAAAACUUUUUACUGGACUUGCUUUCUACAUCCACUAUAUGAAAGUUGCUCACAAGCAAGUGUUGGGAGGCUACAGUAUACGCAGCCUUUGUAUGUUAGCGCCAUAUUAACAUGUAUAUGUCAUUUAACAACAACAAAAAAAGAAUGUAUCACAUGAAAUGAGACAACUAACCCCCAUUUAAAGAUGCUGUACCUUAAUGCCAAUUAGGCCUUUUCAACAAUAAAAAAUGUUGCCUUGUAUUGUUGGCCUUCUUUCCUCAUGUGAACGUGAAAUCAAACGAGUGGAGUGUCUUGACAUGAAUGCUUUUAUUGCAGGCUUCUCAGUGUUAGUGCUGCGGUACAGAGAGCAGAGAAAGAACUCAUGUGAGUACAGGAGGUUGAUUGUCACGAUGUAGAACUUGCUGGAACUUUUCUUUAAAUCACAGCAUGUUUGACCUUGUGCCUUCAUGAGAAACCUCCUCAUCCAGGUUAGACUAUACGCGGGUACUUUUCUCUUCCUGACUAUUCAUUUUCUACAUUUCAAUGACUUGACACCAAGUAUUGCCGCUUCUCAUUAACAUUAGACGUUGCUUUGCUACGCUUUUUUUUUUUAAUUGCAUAACCAAUUGAAGUCGACUGCCCUUUACUGGAAAACACGGCAGGUAGAUGUCACAACUAAAGUGCUUAAUGAGAUUUGUAUCCCCGUACUGUCGCCAUGGCGACUGAGUCAGAGGGCAGGGGAUGCGGACGAAGCCUGUGAUGGACAAAAAAUGGAAAAAAAAAAAAAUCAAAUAGAUGAUUGGCACUAGCUGCUCCUGGAAUACAAGCAGGAAUGUAUCCAGCGCCAUCUUGUCACAGAAAGCCUUUUCAUUCAUGAAGCCCCCUUUCAUGGCGCAGGAGUGGAAGUGUUGGCCUAGCUGCUGCAGCCUGGGCCGGGGGCUUUCAGGCAGUCCUCGGUGAUGCCCUGAGAGGCCAGCUCAGACAGAACGUUGUCCAGAUAGUUGGGGUCUGGGAAGCCAUGGCCCGACAGGUUGGACAUCAUCUCGGUCUUGUGGUGGAUUCCGUUCCACACUACCGUGUCAGGCUCCCCAGUCGUGCUCGACGUCCCCACCGUGAAGAUGAGGCGCCGCAUCCACGCAACCUUCAGCAGUUCCAGCACCUUUGGUGACAAAGGCCCCGUCCCGUGUGUUAGGAACAGCAAAAAACACGACAAGCAAGUCCAUGGACAAAACAAGACCAACCACUACAGAAAAGAAAGCCUUGCUGCCAUGACGGGCAUGAACACCUUGGCUGCAGGGUGGAGCGAGUGUUUACCUUCCUGCCUUUAUCACUGUCUGGCAGGAAGCAGAACCGAGGGAAUCCCCGACACGUAAAUGGCUGCCCCGGGUUGGGAUGCUCUGGACC